GUACUACUUUGUCACCUCGUUAAAAUCGCCUUGAAAACCUAAUCAUAGCAAUUAGAAACGCUGAGUUCAACAAAGUUUUUUAGUGAAUUACGGGAAUCACAAGAAAUAUUUCCAGUGAUAUGCUGCCCAAAUCAUCAGUAUCUGCAAUACAGGAAUACUGUGCUAAACAUAAACUACCACCACCCGUCUACGACUACAUCGAUUCCGAAGAGGGCGGGGCAUUUAUAUGCCGUGCCAGAAUAAUGGAUAUAGAUGCUGACGGCACUGGAAGAUCAAAGCGUGAUGCCAAACAUUUGGCAGCCCAUAAUCUAAUUAAAAAACUACGUACGAAAUGUCCCGAUAUCGAUGAAAUACAACAGGUCGAGCACAUGGAAAUACCAGCUACGGAUAUGAUUGUAACACUUCGAGACUAUUGUGUACAGCAUCAACAUCCUUUGCCAGUAUUCGAAAUUAUACAACAGGGCGGUACGCCGGAUACUCCGGAAUUCGUAGCUAUUUGCAGUGUAGCAUCAAUAACACGCUAUGGAGUUUCGGAGAAGAAAAAAGAUGCUAAACAGAUAGCUGCACAUGCUAUGUUGAAUGUUAUUGCAGAUAACACACAACCAUUGGAUCAUCAAAUGCAAGUAGCAUCAUUGGAGUCUACAAUUGACGAUGUAGAAUACGAACGUUAUCAAAAGUUUAAAACGUAUCGUGAACUUUCCGAAACUAAUAUUGGAGAAAUAGCACCGGGUAUUUUAUUGUCCGAUCGUCAUGAUUAUUUCGUAAAGUUUCACAAACAUUUGAAAAAAGCAGCAUGGGAAAUAAUUCAUAGUGACAAUUAUGAAGGCAAUAAUCAAGCACAAGUUAUGGAUCUAUUUCAAGCUUUAAAGAUAAAACCUCGUAUUACAUCAAAUCCCGCUGUUAAGACCUCAGAAAAAAUGGUACAGAUUGAAGUGGACUGUGAUUUUGAUGCAUUUUUUGUAGAUGUUGAGAGUAAGAUUUAUACUAGUGUUAUUAAUUAUUUUCGUGAUAUGUUGAUUUAAGUGAAAUUUUCGUUACGUAUUUUGUAUGUUUGUAAUAUUAUACGUUAGAUUAUACAAAAAAAGUGAUGAAAUGAUGAAUAAAAUGCCAACAAAGCUUGGAAAGGUGAAAUAUUUUUUAAUGAGAA